AUGUUAUUGCAUCCCAAUUUAAAAAGCUUUUACCUUAUACCAAGUAAAAAAGAACAUGCUGUUGAAUUACUUAAAUUGGAACUUAAUAAAUUAUUGGAUUCGGUUGUUGGGCAACCACUUCAAACAACAACAUUAAAUAAUAAAGAUAAAAAGAAAGUGAAAAAAAAUAUGCAUUCAAUAAAUUCAUUAGAUGAAAUAUAUGAUGUACCUGAUGAUGAAAAUUAUUUACAACCAUCGAUUGAAAAAACAGAACUUGAUUUAUAUUUAGCAGAUGAAACAAGAAUUGCUAAUGAUAUGAAUGUUUUAUCUUAUUGGAACUCAAACAAGUCCUUGUAUCCUAAUUUAGCUCGAAUAGCUAAACGUGUUUUGGCAAUUCCUGCCACGAAUACUUCUGUAGAACGUUUAUUUUCCCAUAGUAGCAAUACUGUCACAAAUCGACGAACAAGUUUAGAUCCUGAUAAAGUUAAUAGAUUAUUAUUCAUUAAACGAAAUAUGCGAACAUUAAAAGAUAUUUAUCCUCCACCAGUUGAACAUUGUGCAAAAAGAAGAAUUAGUUUAAUUUCAACUGAUUCAACAACAUCAACAACACCAAAUAAAAAGAUCAAAUUAAUGACAGAAACUCAGGAAGUCGAUGAAGCAACAACGGACGAAGAUAAUGAUGAAGAACAACUUUAG